CGUCUAUUCUAAUAAUUUGUUCAACAUCCUCUGAGCCGUGCUAUCGCCCGCUGUUUUUAGCAUCCCAGUCAGCCAUCAUGAAUCCACCUGAGGAUAGUUCCAAGGUAACAACGGAGGAUUACAUAGGUUUCAUGAAAGAAUAUGGCAUCGAGUUUGAGGGACGAAUCCUUCCAGAAAAAUGGGGAGAGUAUACUGCAAUGUUUGAGGAUAUACGUCGCAUCGGCGAGCUUGGGCCGAAGGAGUUCAUUGAAAUGUUCCACCCGGACGAUAAAUACCUAGAUGAAAAAAGGAUAAAGGCUUCUGAGCUGGUGAAUGAGGCAUGGAAUUGCCUUAAAAAUAUGGACAGCGAGUAUGGGUGGAGGAAAGAAGUCGAAUUCACGGCCUUUGAACGUUUUGACUCUGAAGUCGUUUGUCAUGUCUGUUUAUACCGCCGUUGGAAGCCAAAGUUUGAGGCGAAGCCGAUUGACAGAGUUGAAGCUGAGCGGCUUCAGAAAAGGCGUGGAAGAAGACAUCUGUGUACUUGCACCCUGCUUCAGCGAGCGGGACCUAAUGUGGAUAGCCAAUACUCUCGAAUGUUUGCCAGAGAGAUAGAUAAACAUAUGGAUCAUGAGGAUUUACCAGAACACUUGAAGAAACGGCUAAGACGCCGACCAGAUAGGGUAAUUGGCCUCGGAGCAACUCACACCCUACGUCACUACCUCCCAAAUUUACGAACUAAGUAUUGCCCAUUCAGAAGUGCUAAUGUUAUCUAUCCAUUUAUCGUGAUCGAGGCGAAGACGGCGGAGAGCAAGGACGCAAGUUUUGGAAGCAUUUUACGCCAGACAGCUUUCGUCACUCGCACAUGUCUACGAUUGCAGCAAAACCUUCAAGAAGAUACCGGUAUCCCACAUCAGUGCAUAGUCUGGUCGUUUGCUAUCAUAGGAGAAGAGUGGCGUUUAUAUGCUGCUGUGCCUGAUGGAUCAAAAGUACAAAUAUUUGAUAUUUGGCAUGGAUCAGUCUUGUUUCCGGAGGGGUCUCUUCAACUACUGCUAAUUAUCGACUACCUCUGUGACUGGGCAAGCGACAUAUAUCGCAUGAGCAUUAUUAAAUGUAUAACUGGCGGUGGACCAAACACUCUCAAUUCUAGACUGAGUCCAAGUGGUACCGACAUAUCCUCGCUAGCUGGAGACUCAGAACUUAUAGCACUUCGAGCAAUGUCGCUUCCUUCGAGAUCAUCCUUGGCGCCAGAGCUCUCAAAUGGCGACAUGGAUGGGUUGGCUAGUAGUAGCUCUUCCGAGUUUCCAGAAGUCGAGCUUCUAGUUCAAGUUAACUCUUCAGCGUUGCUAAAUAGACCGGAUACCUAUUCAUGGCAGCGCUGGGCUACUGCCGAACAAAAUCAAUGGCCCUGGGUUCAAAAAGCAACUAUUAGGCAUUCAAGUCGAGUGGAGCUUCGGUCCUUACAAGUAACAAUGCCAGAAGAGAUCCAUCUGCUUCGUGCUUGCUUAGAAUCGUGGUUUCCUGGACUUUCAGUGAAGGAUGCGGCGAAAAAGGUUCUGAUUUCCUUACAGGAUGAUAACUUAGCGGUUACGACAUCAGUAAACGCUACUUACUGGCAAAACGAUCAAUCAAAAGAGUCAAUUCUAGAAGUCCGCGCUUUGGUGUACUUCAGGUCGAGGCUAAGCUCUGAAGAGUGGCACAUUAAACGGCAGGUACUAUCUAUACUGUGCAGCGAGAAAGCAAUAGAGGCCAUAAGUCAUAUUGCGAACCUAAGUUUCUCUAUUCGCAGGAGCUUCAACGGCAGAGAUAGGUCCCAGUGCGAGCAAUUUCUUCGGGCAAUCAAUUCUUUGAAUCUCGUCGGUGGAACCCGGUCCGCAAGUCUAGCUCUAGGGAAGAGUCAAUUAUCCCUACAGGUUGUUACCGACAGUGCUGGAUCUCCCAUUUUUGAAUGGAGUAAAUUCACUCCCCAGAGGGACGAUGGAGUCACAGGAGACGAAUUCUGUGGAAUACUGUCGCGUACUCUGAACGAGCCACAAAAAUAUGUACCGGACCUGUUAACACCAUACGUCAAAAACAAAUCGUUCAUGUAUACUAUUCCAAUAGACAGUGAUUGCCGAGGAUCACCUGUCACAGCUUUCGAACUACUACCCUUUCGAACCAAAGGGAUCUUAGUCAAGAACUCGAAAACUACUUCUGUUAAAAGUAUUCGGAAUUUUUGCUUCUUAAUUACUGACGAGAACGUCCAGUUUGACGAUGAGGCUAGGCUUGGACAGCUACUAGAAGAAACUUACAAAGCGGGAGAACUGUUUGCGAUGGUUAAAGCAAAUGAAACAUAUGACCAGGCUGACCGUACGUUUAUCCGGAAGUGGAUUCGGAUUUUAAAGGGCCAGUUGCCACAAGAUACACUCGUGGAGUAAGUUGACUGUCUGUAAAGAUUUGCUGUACUAGAUUAGCUAGGGAAGAAUAAUUCAGCAGCUUAGAUGCCUUAUUGUUUACCUU